GCGGGUUAUAUCCUGUUGUGGGAAUUGGGAAGGUAAGCAUAAACCGUCUAAAACCCAAAAAGGUGAAAAUCGAGGAAGCAGCAACAUCAACAACAUAGAUAUCAAAUGCGCUUCUCACUCUCACUCUCAGCCAACACUAUGCGUCCUCAUCUAUUCUCUCUCUCACCCAACCCUAUCUUACUGCGCCAACCUCUUCCCCUUUUGGUUCACCGUUACAAAUCCAUUCUCUCUCGAACUGCUCCUAACCCUAUAUUGCUUCUCAGAUCGACGUCUUAUUCACAUACUCUCGUAGGCAAUAUGGGUCUUCGUAGAAUUGACAGUUUAUUCACCAUGAGUUCUGUUCGCAAGUUUAGUACACGCGCCACACAUGUCAACGACGCUGGCUCUAUUGACUUGCCUCUCAUACAGUCCAUGGAGAAAAAGAUAAAGGAACAACUGAAUGCAGAAUCGGUCACCGUAAAAGAUGCUUAUAGUGAUGGUCGGCAUGUGAGCAUUGACGUUGUAUCUGAUGCUUUUGAGGGACAAUCAGCCGUAAAUAGGCAGAGGAUGGUUUAUAAAGCCAUAUGGGAAGAGCUUCAGAGUACAGUUCAUGCAGUUGAUCAGAUGACUACCAGCACUCCUGUUGAAGCAGCCGCACGAAAUGACAAAAGAUCAUGAGAACACAUGUUCACUGCUUAUGUACGAGAGUGACUAGGAGUACUAGUGCUCUUAUAUGUUUGUAUUGCUGUUGUCUUGGAAUGAAUUCCUAAUCUUAAAGUACCAUUACGGUAGGAUUCACAUUCAACUGGACACCAGUUUUCAAUUUGACAAACUGAGAGAUUCUAAAUUCAUUUCACAUUGUAUGAUUAAAUAUUUUACCAUGUAUGUAUCAUCCAAUGGUUAAUAUUUGCGUCUCUCACCUCUUACGUCAUUAUAUAGUAAAACUCAUUUCAUGGCAUUUUCAUUGUAAUGACAAGAAAA